ACCCAAUAUCAGAGAAUGAAGAGAACGUAUAGACGGAGAAUAUAGUGCAUAAUAUUAUCAAUUUAUAAAACGAUUAAUAUGAUUAAGAUGAUUUACUUCCUAAUAUGGUACUAUUACGCAUUCUAUUUGAUAAUGUUUAUCACUUGUACAAGAAGAACGUUUUAUCAAAACGAAAGUGUAAAUACAAAUAAAAUUCCGGCAUACUGCAAAAUACUAAAGAAUUCAUUUGUAUGUGAUGGGAAUAAAACAAUGAACAGAAUACCAUUUAUUCCAAGCUAUAUCAACAAUCUUACUAUACAAAAUGGUAUUUUUUCUAAUGUAACCGGAGAAACGUUUUAUAACGUGGAAAACAGUUCAGUUAAAAUUCUGAUAUUGAAAAAUUGCAUGAUACAACUCAUAAGUAAAGAUGCUUUCAAAGGGUUAAAUAAAGUGAUUAAAUUUGAUUUGUCCGGUAACAAUGGACUUGUUUCUGAAGUUAUUGCUGAAAGUUUACAUACUAUGUCUGUUUCAAGAAUAGAAAGACUGUAUUUAACACAUAUGGAAUUGACACACUUGCCAAUGAACAUGUUUGCCGGGCUUAUAUCAACACACAUAUCUGAGAUUUAUCUUAAUCACAACUUUAUAAAGUCUCUAGAUGGUGAAGUUUUCAGGCAAUUGAUCCACUUACGAAUACUAGAUUUGUCAUGGACAGGAAUUUCUGACUUCAGCUAUAACUUUGCAGGAUUACCAAGCUUAGAGACGUUAUCACUCUCUGGUACAUGGUUUUCUAAGGUCCCUAAUUUUUGCAAUGGAAACCAAAGCUUUCUUCCGAAUUUGAAACGACUUGAUUUAGGUUACAGUAAUAUAAACUCUUUAUUUACUUCUUUUGCAUGUUUGGAUAAUUUAAGAACUCUUCAUCUAAUGGAAUUAUCUCUUCGUUUACUUAACAACAACACCUUUUCAAAGCUGAGAUCCUUGGAAGUAUUAAAUUUGGAUCGACUUGGAACCCAUCUUCAAAGGAUAGAACCUGAGGCUUUUAGUAGUAAAUCUCUGAAAAAACUGACGUUUUCCGUCACUAGUAUUUUGUAUUUUAAUGAAUAUAAUAUUGAAAGAUUUCAUCCAGAAUCACUUUUUUUAAAUUGCAAUCAAUUGGAAUUUCUUGACCUGUCUAAUACUAGAUUUCAGUUAUCCGAAUUUCACUGGUUUCAAAUUUUUAAACCAUUGAAACGAUUGAAGGAACUCAGACUAAAAAAUGCCAAAAUUGGAAAUUUACCAACCUUCAAACAAACUAUUUUCCCCGUGUUGGAAAAACUUAAUUUAGCUUCAAAUAGAAUAUCAUCUUGGAAAGAUAGUGACACUUUUAAUGAAAUAAAAUAUUUGAGUAUCUUAAAUCUACGUGGCAAUCGUAUUUCUUUAAUCAACAAAACAUCUUUUCCUGAAUCAUGGAAAAACGGGAAAGGAUCUUUAAAAACACUAUUGUUAGUGGGAAAUCCGUUUUCCUGUACCUGUGGACAGGCAUGGCUAAGACAAUGGAUGGAUACUACUUCCGCAAAAAACAUAACAACAGACAAACACGUAUGGAGAUGUUCUAUUUCAAAUUCUAAAGUAUUGGAAUAUCAUCCAAUGCGGACAUUUCCGUGUUUAGUUACAUAUAUUAUACCAUCGUUGAUGGCUCUCUUUACAAUAUUGGUGACAUCGUUUAUAUGCUAUAUAUUUCGAUUUCAAAUAAAACUUAAACUGUAUCGGUGUAAAUCGAGGAGAGAUUGUUAUAACCUGAUAUCAAACAAAGGAUAUAUCUAUGAUAGUUUCGUAGUAUAUAGUUAUAACGACCUCGAUUGGGUAAAACAACACUUGAUUCCCAAACUUGAGACCCUGCAUCAUUUACAGCUUUGUAUACGGGAUCGUGAUUUCCGACUAGGGACAGUGUUUUCAGAUCACAUAACAGAAAACAUUGAAGCAAGUAGAACAUUUCUUCUUAUACUGUCCGAUAAUUUUGCAAGAGACAAGUGGUGUAAGUUUCAGUUAGAUAUUGCAAACCAUAUUGGGAUUUCCAGAGGAGAUUUGGCUAUUAUACCUGUUAUAUUAAAAGACAUAAGCUUUAAAUCCUUAAAUGAAUCAAUUUAUAACGUAAUUAACAAUACGAAUUGUAUGGUAUGGUCAGAAGAUGGAUCAGCGUCAGAAUUAUUCUGGACCAAAGUUGUCGAUUGUAUUCAUUGAUGUUACACUUCUAAUGAAAAUCGCGACACAGAAUAUUGAUUCUGAAAUUCUAACGUAAAAACCUAAAAUUUCAGGAUGAGUUCCUUGAAACAUUACAAUUUUUUCUAUAAAUGUUCGUUGUUAAAGGUUAUAUAUAGUUUAGCUAAUGUAUACGUAUUGGCAUGAAAACGGACUAUGAAUCAAAAUAUAUGGGAAAAAAUAGAAGAAAUAGUUACACAUGUAUACAGUCAGACUCUUGUUGAUUUCAUAAUUCCUUAGUCAACCAGACCCGCAUUUAUUGCCAUCACUACUAGAAGGAUAAUACAGAUACACAAAGAAAGAGGUAGAAACAUAUUUCACUUUUAGUAUCUGAUAAAAGAUGCUACAAUACAUGAUUACCAGGAAAAAAAACCCACCACAUCCUCGAUAGAAAAUACUGAUGUAAAAGAAGGUUUAUAGAUCAGCAGGUUUUCAUUCAGCAAGGAUGCAUUUGUCCUUUACAGACAAUUUUGAAUUCGAAGUGACCGUAUUGGACAGCUCCGACUGCUACAGAGAACAAAAUUGGCCAAAUACGCAUGAACAUAAUAUAAUUCUCAAUGGAGACCGAAGUUGCAGAAAUCAGUACUAAAAUCAACGUCUUUGACAAUUUAUUUGCCAAGAAAGCAGUUCCGACUUUUUCGAUACUGCAACAGACUGCAUAGAGACACGUCAAUGUUUAUGCAAUUUGCGGGCGGACAUACUCUAAAACGAGGCGAUUAAGCAAAAUAAAACGUGUUUUGAAUUCCAUAUCAACAUCAGAAAUGGCUGGUUAUAUACAAACCACCACUAUUUGACAAAUAACCUGGACGAAAAAGAUUUAAAUGAUAAAUAAAGGAAGUAAGUUUAUUGAAAUAGAUGCGUAUUGCAAAUUAAUGUCUUUUAAGUGAUGCACGAGUCAUCCAGAAUCAUCUACAAACGUUGGAGCUGAUCAAACCAAAAUAGGACAAAUAAUCAGAACUGUACACGAGGUAGAUAAAUUGUAGAUGUAUAAAUAUUUUGACUUAAAAUUAAUUUUAAAUUUUAGGACAGCAAAUAUCAAAUAAAUCUGUAAUGGAUUGUUGUUUAAGAUCAUUUAAAUUUUGAUAUGAGCAAAGUAUUAUCAUUAUUCCCAGGCAUGAUAUAUGUCAUUGUUCAAACAUCAACAUGUUUUAUGACAAACAGUACACCGUCUAAAAUUAGAUCUACACCAGAACUGGUACUUACAGUUCUACCAUCAAAAAAAUAUUAUCAUAUCUACACUAGAACAGUCUUGAACUAUUCAUUACACAUCCAUGACAGAUUAUUCUGACAGUUCAAAAAAAGAGGUUAGAACUAGCUAUUUAUAGUAUUAUUCCCAAUGUUUUAUAUCCAUUGUUUCUUACGUUUUACUGUUUGAUGACCACUUUUCGUUUCAUUUAUUUCAAGAUAUGGCGAUAUUUUUAUUAAAGCGUUUAAAUUCCUCACACUACGAUA